AUGUUUCAAGUUCAGUUGGCCCUGGGUGCCUGCUUCCUCUUACUGGUCGGAGCUGCCCACGCCGGAUACACUCAUCCAUGCAGUCGGGCUGAUUUUAUUGCCCAAGCGGAUAGUGCAAGGGAUUACUUUGCAUGUGAGAAAACAUCAACUGGUGGUUACUCCCUGAGACCCUUGAGAUGCCAGGACGAUACGGUCUUUGACUCACAGCUGGGACGUUGUGUGAAUUCGUUGCGUUUCAUUAUGCCAGCUGAUGGAGGUGAUAUUGAGAAUCCCACCAUACCGCCAGACAACCUUGAGGACAGCACAACUGAGAAAGCAGUCACUACGGCAAAACCCGAUGAACCUACCACGGCUCCUACUACAGCUAAACCUGAUGAUCCUACUACGGCUCCUACUACAGCAAAACCUGAUGAUCCUACCACGGCUCCUACUACAGCUAAACCUGAUGAUCCUACCACGGCUCCUACUACAGCUAAACCUGAUGAUCCUACCACGGCUCCUACUACAGCAAAACCCGAUGAUCCUACCACGGCUCCUACUACAGCUAAACCUGAUGAUCCUACAACGGCUCCAACUACAGCAAAGCCUGACGAUCCUACCACGGCUCCUACUACAGCUAAACCUGAUGAACCUACCACGGCUCCUACUACAGCUAAACCUGAUGAUCCUACCACGGCUCCUACUACAGCAAAACCUGAUGAUCCUACAACGGUACCAACUACUUCUGGACCCACUGAUGCGCCCAUAUCGACCACUACAAAGAAAAAUGUUUGCACCACAAAAGGUAGCAUACCGAAACCCGGUAACUGUAAACAAUAUGUCUUAUGCUAUGAGACAAGCGAUGAUGACGUGGUGCCCAUAACCCUGGAUUGCCCCGAUAAUAUGGAGUUUAGUCCAUGGAAUAGGUACUGCAUGGCCAAUUACGACUGCGCCACAGAUUGA